AUGUCAAGAAGUUUGUUCCUUCGUAUUGUUGAUGCAGUGAAAGAUCAUGACUAUUACUUCCAACAACGAAGUGAUGGACUUGGUAGAAUGGGAUUAUCACCGUUACAGAAAGUAACAGCUGUUUUUCGCAUGUUGGCAUACGGUCUACCAGCUGAUGCUACGGACGAAUACGUUAAAAUAGGUGAGUCAACAGCAAUUGAAAGUAUGACAAAAUUUUGUCGUGCUAUGGUGGAAAUAUUCGCAGAGCGGUAUCUACGAACACCUAACGCUAACGAUAUUGCUAGGCUACUCUAUAUUGGAAAAAAACGUGGUUUUCCAGGAAUGUUAGGAAGUCUUGAUUGUAUGCAUUGGAAAUGGAAAAAUUGUCCAACAGCAUGGUCUGGGCAAUACACAGGACGUAGUGGGUCACCAACUAUUAUCCUCGAAGCUGUGGCAGAUUAUGAUCUUUGGAUAUGGCACGCAUAUUUUGGUAUGCCAGGCACCAAUAAUGAUAUCAAUGUGCUGGAGUCAUCUAAUCUUUUCUCUAACCUAGCUCAAGGUAUUGCUCCUCCCGCUCACUAUGUUAUUCAAGGAAAAGAGUAUAAUAUGGGUUAUUAUUUAGCUGAUGGUAUAUAUCCGAAAUGGGCUACUAUUGUACAAACAAUCCAACAGCCACAAGGUAGGAAGAAAAAAUAUUUUGCCAUGAAACAGGAAGCAUGUAGAAAAGAUGUAGAACGUGCGUUCGGAGUUCUCCAAUCACGAUUUGCAAUCGUGGCAGGGUCAGCACGUUUUUGGAAAAAACAUGUAUUACAUGGCAUAAUGACUGCAUGCAUUAUUAUGCACAAUAUGAUAAUCGAGGAUGAACGUGAUCUUUAUGCACCAAUUCAAGAAGUGAGGGAAGCACCAACACCAGAAGUUGAUAUGGUAGCAGAUGAAACUACAAGAUUUACUCAAUUUAUUGCACGUUACGGAAAAAUCAAGGAUAAAGAUGCCUAUAUUGCGCUUCGUAAUGCAUUGAUAGAUCAUCUAUGGGAGGAAUACACUAAUUCAGAUAGUUAA